GGGGGUGGUGCAAUGGGUUAGUAAUCAGAGCAGACAGCAGCUGGCCAUGGUGGCCUGACUGACAGACAACAACAGUCCAAACUGAUCAAUGUGCAACGAAAAUGUUACGGUGAACUGCAGAAGGAACAGAAGACAAAGCAAACUCAGAUUUCCUGACUGAGGAUCUGCUUUGAUGAGGAAACAACUUUUGGUUUUGGGUCACAAUGAAAAAUCUGGACCUGCUACUUCUGGCGUGCUUCUUAUGUAGCCUGUGUACAGUCGGAGGUGCAUCUGAAGCAGAAAAGGCUCUGAUGAAAGAAGUCUUUUCCAACUACAAUCUGAAGGUUCGCCCAGCACGUCAACCUGAAGAACGAGUUGUAGUUCGUGUGGGUAUGAUCCUGUCCUCCUUUGUUGGACUGAAUAUGAAAAAUGAAGAAAUGACCACAGUUGUUCUUAUGAAUCUGGAAUGGACAGACUAUCGGUUGACGUGGGUACCCAAGCAGCAUGAUGGGAUUGAAGUUUUACGCGUCCCCUCUGCGAAGGUUUGGCUGCCUGACAUUUACCUGAUCAAUAAUAAUGAUGGACAGUUUGAUGUGGCCCUGCCUGUCCAUGUCCAAGUGUAUAGUAAUGGUAGGAUAACCUGGACCCCUCCGGCACUCUACCACAGCUCCUGCAGUGUGAAGGUUGCCUUUUUUCCCUUCGAUUGGCAGAACUGUACCAUGCAGUUCCAAUCCUACACCUACGACUCAACAGAGAUUGACCUGCAGUAUGCUUUGGAUAAAAGAGGCAAAGAGAUUCGAGAGGUCCAACUGGAUGAGUCUUUCAGUGAGAGCGGCGACUGGAGCAUCAGACACAUGCCGUGCAAGAAAAACCUGAAUGACGAUCUGUAUGAGGACAUGACCUUCAUUCUGAUCAUCGAGAGGAAGCCACUCUACUACGUCUUAAACAUCAUCCUCCCCUGUAUCCUCAUCACCAUCAUUGCCAUCUUUAAUUUCUACUUGCCGCCUGAUGCAGGAGAGAAGAUGGGUCUGUCCAUCAAUGUGCUGCUCACCCUCACCGUGUUCCUGCUGCUGCUGGCCAACAAGAUCCCGGAGACGUCGCUGGGCAUCCCCAUCAUUGUCAUCUACAUCAUGUUCACCAUGGUCCUGGUCACCUUCUCAGUCAUCCUCAGUGUGGUCGUGCUCAACCUGCACCACCGCUCCCCAAACACGCACCAGAUGCCCAUAUGGGUCCGCAAGAUAUUCAUCCACAUACUGCCGCCAUACCUGUUGAUGCAGCGGCCAAAAGUGGAGACCCCAAUGUUUCUAGAAACACAACAACGCCGCCAGAAAAAGAUGGUUGCAAUAAGCAAAGUCGCUGAUGAAUACUUCAUCCGAAAGCCUGACUCCUCCAUUCUAUUCCCUAGGCCCAACAGGUUCCAUCCAGAAGGCAUGUGCAAAGACCUGAGAAAGUUUAUAGACGGCCCUAGUAGCUACCUUACACUACCCGAAGAGCUCAAAUCAGCAAUCGAGGCCAUCACGUAUAUCGCUGAGGCCCUGCAGGCAGAGAAGGACUAUGAAGCUUUGAAGGAGGACUGGCAGUACGUGGCCAUGGUGGUGGACCGCAUGUUCCUCAUCAUAUUUGUCAUCAUCACCACCUUGGGCACCUUGGCUAUCUUCGUCACUGCUAGCUACAACCUGACACCCACCGACCCCUUCAGAGCCCCCUGAAGUAGCCAAGGAAGAUCAUUUUGCUUAGAAACUGAGCUGUCAAAUGACUGAUUUUGCAAAUGUUAUGGGAAAUGAAAUGUUCUCGAGAAGACCUGUCCACUGGGUAUAAUAUAUACCUUCUAGAAUCAUUACAUACAGUAAGUUCAACAGUAGUAGUUAUGUGAAUGAAGUAUGAUCACGUUUGGCAGUGCUACUGACAAAACCCCCCCAAAAUAC